AUUACAGGCAGUCAACAAGUCAUCUACUCCUCUUCGGCCUACUUCAAGAAGUUGACCCCACCGUUCGUGUUCCUAUAAUCCUAUUACCCUCCGCGCUCUUGUUCCCAUCGCCUACGGAAGAUUUCUCUUCAUCCUCUUCGGCUCAUUCACCAACCAUGGAUCUGCAACUAUGGGAGACCUUGAAAGAGGCGAUCAAAUCAUUCACAUCUCUAUCUCCAGCAGCUUUAUUCACUAUUGCUGCUCUAUUCAUUGCCAUCUAUUAUGUAGCUUCUGCACUUUUUGGGUCCUCCGAUCAUAGCAACUACCAGAGGGCCAGGGAGUUGGAGGAGGAGAGUAAGCCUCUUCCGCCGCCGGUUCAGGUCGGGGAAAUCAGUGAGGAAGAGUUGAAGCAGUAUGAUGGGUCUGAUCCUAACAAGCCUUUGCUUAUGGCCAUCAAGGCUCAGAUCUAUGAUGUAACUCAAAGCAGAAUGUUUUAUGGACCAGGAGGACCAUAUGCUUUGUUUGCUGGGAAGGAUGCGAGUAGAGCACUUGCUAAGAUGUCGUUUGAGGAGAAAGAUCUUACGGGCGACAUCUCUGGGCUUGGCCCAUUUGAGCUCGAGGCUCUACAAGAUUGGGAGUACAAGUUUAUGAGCAAAUAUGUCAAGGUUGGAACUGUGAAGCAUCAAGUGGCUGGAAGUGAAGAAGCAGCAGGUGCUACUGCUGAUGGUGAAGCUUCUUCAGAAGUAACUACUGAACAUGAUGAGGCCGUUAAGCCCGGAGCAGAUGUCUCAUCAGAGAUUGCUAGUAAGGACGGGCCGCCCGAAACCGUUAGCCAGGUGAAGAGUACUCCACCAGAAAGCAUUAUUGCAACGGAUGGAAAUGCUGACGAAAAGGAGUAGAAGGCUGUCUUAUUGUCAGCAAGGAAAACUGUCAAGGGGGAGAGCUAAUAGCAUUAGUUCAAUGUUUGUUUUGCAUGUCUUCUUUUUUCUGAUACAAAACUAUAGUGUAGAAGGCAUCUACUAUAGGUAGGUACAAUCUCUCCUCAUAUCUCAAUGCCGUUUUGGCCAGUUUGUGGCAAUAAAAUAAUGAAUCAACCAUUUUCACCACAACUGGAACUUUCCAGGAAUGUCGGAUACCUUUCGGACACGAC